AAAUAUACAAAAUUUCAAAAAUAAAAAUAUAAGAAGAAGACGAAGGUACCUUGUUUGAAGUUUGAAAAAACGAAACAUUUGUGAAGUAGACGAAAGUUUUGGUGAUUUUUCGUUGCCUUCCGCGUUGAACUUCUUCCCUUCCCCGCCACCUCUUCCGCCGUCCACGGCGGUUUCCGCCUUACUCCGACGGCCAAGCUCCGCGGAAGUUGCUAACUCUUCAUAGUCCUCUGGCAUCACAAUGAUGACACCGGAAUCAUUGGAGGAGUUGGAAAAACAUGCAAUCUCGGGUCAUCAUGUGAGGGGGAAUAGUGAAUAUGUUAGACUUGCCAUAUCGGAUGAACCGAGGGCUGUUGAAACUGAAAUGCUACAGCCUCUAGCAGACUCAAGAAUGAAAUCUUUCAUGUGGUGGAUUAAAGUCUUUUUAUGGUGCUUUAUCAUUGUUAUACUUGGUCUUGUUAUAUUGAAAUGGGGAGUGCCAUUUACUUUUGAAAAGGUCCUUUAUCCAAUCAUGGAGUGGGAAGCAACUACCUUUGGCCGUCCAGUUCUUGCCCUUGUACUUGUUGCUUCUCUGGCUUUAUUCCCAGUAUUUUUUAUCCCUUCUGGCCCUUCCAUGUGGUUGGCUGGGAUGAUUUUUGGUUAUGGCCUUGGCUUUGUUAUAAUAAUGAUUGGAACAACCAUUGGGAUGGUCCUCCCUUACUUAAUUGGACUAAUUUUCCGUGACCGCAUUCAUCAAUGGUUAAAGAGAUGGCCCAAGAAUGCUGCAAUGAUUAGGCUUGCUGGGGAAGGAAGCUGGUUCCAUCAAUUUCAAGUAGUUGCUCUAUUUAGAGUUUCACCUUUUCCAUAUACCAUAUUCAACUAUGCUGUAGUAGUGACAAAUAUGAGGUUUUGGCCGUACUUAUGUGGAUCAAUAGCAGGAAUGGUGCCAGAAGCUUUCAUUUACAUCUACAGUGGUCGAUUAAUAAGGACUUUGGCAGACGCACAGUAUGGGAAGCACCAAUUGACCACUGUGGAAAUCGUGUAUAACAUUAUUUCAUUUAUUGUUGCUGUUGUUACCACCAUUGCCUUCACUGUUUAUGCAAAAAGGACCUUAAAUGAACUCAAGAUUGCAGAGGCCAAUCAGGAAGCUGCCUCUGUAUCUGGGAGUGGUAAUCUUGAGAUGGAGAAAGGUUCCCAUUGAAAGGCCUCAUCAAAUUUCCCACGACAGUGUACAUUUAUGUAUAAAAAUUGGGUUAGGACUACAUGUACCAUAGUGUUUUUCACCCUCCCACUUAGGCCAUUUAUUGAUUAUUGGAAUGAGUAUGUAGGGUAGAAAAGUCUGCAAAUGCACCAAUCGGGUAAACAUGAUAAACGGCUGUUUAUAAUAAAUUGGAAAGAGCUUUACUAACGUUUUUUAUUUUUAUUUUUUAUAAAAUGAGAAAUUAACGAUA